ACGAACAAGAAAGAAACCCUAAAAACAGAUUCAGUUAUGGUCUUCCAGAUCCUUCCAAAGGAAAAUAAGAAAGAGAGAGAGAGAGAGAGGGAGAGGAGAUUUAGUUUAAUGGUGUUUUUUGGUGUAUCCCCAAAACCACCGCGGACGCCCACAUUCUAGACUCUUCCUCACCGCGAACCCUCCAGAGAACCCACCCUCCCCUUUCUCUCAGCUGCCUUUAUAAACUUCCCUCAAUCAAAGCCCCGGCCCAGCACGUAACACUCUCUCUUUCAAUCUGAACACCCCAUUUUUUGUUUUUUCUCGAUGGCCAAGUACGGCGAAGGUGACAAGCGAUGGAUCGUGGAGGACAGACCCGAUGGAGCCAAUGUCCACAACUGGCACUGGGCGGAAACCGAUUGUCUCCCAUGGUCUAAAACCUUCUUCACCAAAUCCCUUCCAUCUCACCACCUCGACGGCGAAGCCAAUCUUCACAUCAAGACCAAGAAGGUCGAAAUCGACGGCGAAGCCUACCUCAACGUCCGGAAGGGUAAAAUUAUUCCUGGAUAUGAAAUCAGUGUAAAUUUAUCAUGGGAAGGCGAAGCCAAGGAUGGAGAAGGGAAGACGCUCUUGAAAGUUGACGGUAAUGUUGAGAUUCCAUAUAUUUCGGAUGAGAAUGCUGACGAGGAUCCGGAAGUUAAGGUGACGGUUAAAGAUGAAGGAUCCAUUGGGAAAACAUUGAAGGAAGCGAUGCGCCAAGGGAAGCCUUUGGUUUUAGAAAAAGUGAGGGAUUACGUUAAAACUAUGGCGAAAGGAGGCCCCGCUAAAGAUGAAUUGGAAGCCAAGAAAUUGGCUCCCAAAAACAGUAAUAGUAGUAGUAAUUCAGCUGGGGUGUCUGAGGAGAAAGUUGUGGUGGAGAAGGAAGUGAAGAAGGAAGCAAAAAAGGAAGGGAAAAAAGGGUUUAAGACGAUUACAAUGUCCGAGAAGUUUAACUGUAGAGCUAAGGAUAUGUAUGAAAUCUUGAUGGAUGAGAAUAGGUGGAAAGGGUUUACGCAGAGUAAUGCUAGGAUUAGCAAAGACGUUGGUGGGCAGUUCAGCAUUUUCGAUGGGUCAGUUACUGGGAAUAAUUUGGAGUUGCAAGAAGGGAAGUUGAUUGUUCAGAGAUGGAGAUUUGGGAGUUGGCCUGAUGGGAUUGAUUCUACGGUAAGGCUUGUUUUUGAUGAGCCUCAGCCUGGAGUUACUAUAAUCAAGCUCACACAUACGGAUGUUCCGGAGGAGGACAGAUAUGGGAAUGCGACUGUGGUGGAGAACACGGAGAGAGGAUGGAGGGAUCUUAUUUUUAAUAAGAUUCGGGCAGUAUUUGGUUUCGGAAUAUGAUUUAUUUUAUUCCUAAAUGAGGAAAGUCUUUCAUUUUUGUUUCUGAAUUCUAGAAUUUUAUUAAAACGUGUCUGUUUUCAGCAAUUAUUGUGACAGAUUUGUAUGAGCCAAACAAGUAUGAUUUUGGUCUAUGGUUCAUGGUUUUAAACUUGGAAGUUGGACUGAGAGUCAGCUCUGUCUUGUUUUCCAAUAUCUGAACUAUCCCUUUAAACUUAUAACCUUGACAAUGACGAAACUGUUGUCUUACAGUGACUAUUGUAAUUCUAUGCAUUGGGUCCACUUGAGGACCUUCAUCCUUGGUGUACUUUCGCAAGAUCUUUGUUCAUGUUAAUGAAAUGAUGUUCUUAAGAGUGAAAA